GAACUUACUUCGCAGUGUUCAUUGAGUUUAAAGUCAAAAAUGAAGUUGAAAAUAAUUGUUUUCUUUAUUGCUGUAAUAAUUCUUAUCGCAAAUGGAGCUGAAAAUUCAGACGCAAAUUGUUUGUUGAAGCCUGAAAGGGGUUCAUGUGAUCGAGAUGUCACUCAGUAUGCCUUCAACCCAGACACAAAAAAAUGUGAAGAAUUUAAAUAUGGGGGUUGUGGAGGAAAUGGGAACCGAUUUAUGACACUGAGUCUUUGCCGCAGACAUUGUGAAUAAUUCUCGAUUCUCAGACAUUGUCGAUAAUCUAAAAAUAAAGUUCCUAAAGUAAACA